AUGGACGUGAAGCCCACAAACAUUCUCCUAAAUGUGAGUUUGGAGGCCAAGAUUGCCGACUUCGGCAUGUCCAAGGCCUUCAAGUGCAACAAGGACACCCAUGUAUCCACAAACACACUUGUUGGUACAUAUGGAUACGUUGAUCCAGAGUACCUGGCAACAAUGCAGCCAACAACAAAGAGUGACGUGUAUAGUUUCGGUGUCGUGCUGUUGGAAUUAGUCACCGGGAGACCAGCUAUACUUCCAGAGUCUCCGAUGCCCAUCAGCAUCAUCCAGUGGGUGAGGUCCCAGCUAGCGGAGGGCAACAUUGAGAGCGUGGUGGAUGCGCGCAUGCAUGGUUGUUACGAUGUGAACAGUGUGUGGAAGGUGGCAAACAUUGCUCUAGAAUGCACCGCACAGGUGUCGGUGAAGCGGCCCACCAUCAGCGACGUGGUGGUGCAGCUGCAAGAAUGCCUCAAUCUAGAGGAUUGCUAUGCGAGCGGUCACAUGAACGGGGCCUUGAACACUGGCAGCGGCAGCCAUGACCCAAACUUGAAUUAUGAGUCUCAGGACAGUGUUGCAUUAGAGAUGGAGCAUGUGUCUAGAAGGAUGGUAACAAGGACCAACGAUCCUGUUGCACGUUGA